AUGGCAUCAUUAAUAAUUGAUUUACAAUUAUAUUUAUUUAUAAACAAUUUAAAUACAUAUUUUGAUAUUUUCUGUAUAUAUGAUAGUUCUUCAUCAGAAUCGUUAGAGUCUUCAUCAUCAGAAAUGACUCAAUAUAAAAAAUAUCCAAAAAAACAUAGAAAAAAUCAUAGCAAUAGAUCAAGAAAGUAUCGAGAUGAACCAAAUGUUAAUCGUGAUAAUUCAAGAAGAAAUCGUGAUAAUGAUUUAGAAAAAGGACAUGAAGAUUUAUUGAGAAUGAGAAAUUGUGAUGAAUCAGAUGUCAUUC